GCUGGGCAUAUAUCCCCAACAGCAAAAGCCAUGCAUCUCUCCUUCGUCUCCUUUAUAUCAUCACCAUUCACCAAUUCCAAUUCCCUCCACAGAUUCCCACUCCACUUAUAUACUCCCUCCCUUGCUGAUAGCGAGCGCCUCCUCACCAUUCCAUUCCAUUGCCUGCUUGCAACAACACUAGUGCAAAUCUGCAAUAAGCUAGAUUUCUUUCUUCAAAGUUCCAAGUUCCAACAACAACAACACGUACGUGCAAGAAGCAGCAGCAGCAGCAGAAGAAGAAGAAGAAGAAGCAGGCUGGUGCUAUGGUGUCCCCUCUCUGUUGUUCACUCCCACCCUUGCUCUGGUUUAUUCUCUUCUUCAUCUUCUCCGCGGCCGGCGAUGGCGGCGCGGCGGCAUUGGACACGCAGGCUGCAUACCUGGCCAGGAUGAAGGAGCAGUUCCCCGGGCCGGGCAUGUCGAGGUGGGACUUCUCCUCGCCGGCGCCGGACUACUGCCGGUUCCAGGGCGUCGCCUGCGACGAGGGCGGCAACGUCACGGGCAUCGACGUCACGUCGUGGCGCCUCGUCGGCAGGCUCCCGCCGGGCGUCUGCGCGUCCCUCCCCGCGCUCCGGGAGCUCCGGAUGGCGUGCAACGACGUCCGCGGCGGCUUCCCCGCCGGCCUGCUCAACUGCACGUACCUCGAGGUGCUCAACGUCAGCUACUCCGGCAUGUCCGGCACCGUGCCGGACCUGUCCCCGCUGCGGGCGCUCCGGGUGCUCGACAUGUCCAACAACCUCUUCACCGGCGCGUUCCCGACGUCCAUCGCCAACGUCACGACCCUCGAGUUCGUCAACUUCAACGAGAACCCCGGUUUCGACAUCUGGCGGCCGCCGGAGACGUUCAUGGCGCUGCGCCGGAUCCGCGUGCUCAUCCUCUCCACCACGUCGAUGCGCGGCGGCAUCCCGGCGUGGCUCGGCAACAUGACGUCGCUCACCGACCUGGAGCUCAGCGGCAACUUCCUGACCGGCCGCAUCCCGGUGUCGCUGGCGCUUCUUCACAGGCUGCAGUUCCUGGAGCUCUACUACAACGAGCUGGAGGGCGUGGUCCCGCCGGAGCUCGGCAACCUGACGGAGCUAACCGACAUCGACCUGUCGGAGAACCGGCUCACCGGCGGCAUCCCGGAGUCGCUGUGCGCGCUGCCCAACCUGCGCGUGCUCCAGAUAUACACGAACCGGCUGACGGGCCCCAUCCCGGCCGUCCUGGGAAACUCGUCGCAGCUGCGCAUCCUGUCCUUGUACCGGAACCAGCUCACCGGCGAGAUACCCGGCGACCUCGGGCGGUACUCGGAGCUGAACGUGAUCGAGGUGUCGGAGAACCAGCUGACGGGGCCGCUGCCGCCGUACGCCUGCGCCAACGGCCAGCUCCAGUACAUCCUGGUGCUGAGCAACCUGCUGACGGGGCCCAUCCCGGCGGCGUACGCGGCGUGCUCGCUGCUGCUCCGGUUCCGGGUGAGCAACAACCACCUGGAGGGAGACGUCCCGCCGGGCGUCUUCGGCCUCCCGCACGCCUCCAUCAUCGACCUCUCCUACAACCACCUGACGGGGCCGGUCCCCGCGGCGGUGGCCUACGCCGCCAACCUCACGUCGCUGUUCGCGUCCAACAACCGGAUGUCCGGCGAGCUCCCGGCGGAGAUCGCCGGCGCGUCGGGGCUCGUGAAGAUCGACCUGAGCAACAACUUUAUCGGCGGCGCGAUCCCGGAGGCCGUGGGGCGUCUGUCGCGGCUGAACCAGCUGUCGCUGCAGGGGAACCGGAUGAACGGCUCCAUCCCGGAGUCGCUCGCCGGUCUCCGGAGCCUGAACGUGCUGAACCUGUCGGACAACGCGCUGUCUGGGCCCAUCCCAGAGUCGCUGUGCACGCUGCUGCCCAACUCGCUGGACUUCUCCAACAACAACCUGUCGGGCCCGGUGCCGGCGCCGCUCAUCAAGGAGGGCCUGCUGGAGAGCGUGGCGGGGAACCCGGGGCUGUGCGUGGCGUUCCGGCUGAACCUGACGGAGCCGGCGCUGCCGCUGUGCCCGCGGCCGUCGAGGCUGCGGCGGGGGCUCGCCGGGGACGUGUGGGUGGUCGGGGUGUGCGCGCUGGUGUGCGUGGCGGCGGCGCUGGCGCUGGCGCGACGGUGGGUUCUGCGGGCGCGGCGGGACGCGGAGCACGACGGCGCGCCGACUUCGCCGGCGUCGAGGAGCUCGUCCUACGACGUGACGAGCUUCCACAAGCUGAGCUUCGACCAGCACGAGAUCCUGGAGGCGCUGAUCGACAAGAACAUCGUCGGCCACGGCGGCUCCGGGACGGUGUACAAGAUCGAGCUCAGCAGCGGCGAGCUGGUGGCGGUGAAGAAGCUGUGGGUGUCGGCGGCGCGGCGGACCAAGCAGCAGCACGACGUGCAGGUGCUGACGAGCACCACCAGCAGUGGUUGGCUGGGCGACCGGGAGCUGCGGACGGAGGUGGAGACGCUGGGCAGCAUCCGGCACAAGAACAUCGUGAAGCUCUACUGCUGCUACUCCGGCGCCGACAGCAACCUGCUGGUGUACGAGUACAUGCCCAACGGCAACCUCUGGGAGGCGCUGCACGGCUGCUUCCUGCUGCUCGACUGGCCCACGCGCCACCGGGUGGCGCUCGGCGUCGCGCAGGGCCUCGCCUACCUCCACCACGACCUCAUGUUCCCCAUCGUCCACCGCGACAUAAAGUCAUCCAACAUCCUCCUCGACGCCGACUUCGAACCCAAGGUCGCAGACUUCGGCAUCGCCAAGGUGCUCCAGGCGCGCGGCGCCGGCGCCGACAGGGACGCGUCCACCACCACCAUCGCCGGAACAUACGGCUACCUCGCGCCAGAGUACGCCUACUCGUCCAAGGCGACGACCAAGUGCGACGUGUACAGCUUCGGCGUGGUGCUGAUGGAGCUGGCGACGGGGAGGAAGCCCAUCGAGCCGGAGUUCGGCGACACGAGGGACAUCGUGCACUGGGUCUCCGGCAAGGUGGCCGCCGGCGCCGAGGCGGACGCGCUGGACAAGCGCCUGGCGUGGAGCCCCUACAAGGAGGAGAUGGUGCAGGCGCUGCGCGUCGCCGUGCGAUGCACCUGCAGCAUCCCGGGGCUCCGCCCCGCCAUGGCCGACGUCGUCCAGAUGCUCGCCGAGGCGGGGCCACGGACUCCCAAGGACAAGCUGGACAGCAACAAGGACUCCAAGGGCUCCGCCGGCCAGCAGCAGCCCAAGCUACCACCAGCUAGUCCGUAGGAACGAGUUGAAGCCAUGCAGGUGAUAUACCGAUCGAUUAAACGAGUAAGAUAAGAGGUGAGCUGACUGAUCGAGGUCGUCCAAUUCAUCAGGCAACAGCAUUAAUUAAUUAUCGCUGCACUAAUUGAUCAGAGGAUGGUUUCAUUUACACAAGAAGCAUGCAA